CGGCGAUAAGCCAUUAUAAAAGACAAAAGAUGAGCCCGGUGCAUCACAUUUUGUCGUGGUGCAUCCGAAACAUCGUUUUUUUGCGCAGAUAUAGAGUCGAAGACGACGUCAUGAAACAAGCCCUCAUCUCGCUGGCCUUAUUUGGCCUGUGCGCCUGCGCGCGCCUCGACAACCUCCAGUACCUCCCUCCCUCCCAGAGACCCUCUGGAGGCGCUCCGGGAAGGUGGCGCCGGAGGUUACCCCGGCGGACAAGCUCCAGCUUCGGAGGCGGCGCUCCAGGAUUCGGAGGACGCCCUCAAGGACCUGGAGGUGCUCCAAGCUUCGGAGGAGGCGCUCCAGGAUUCGGUGGAGGUGCUCCAAGUUUCGGAGGUCGUCCUCAGGGAGCUGGAGGAGCGCCAGGUUUUGGAGGAGCCGGUGGAACUCCAGUAUAUGGAGCACCAGGUGGAGGAGCCGGAGGUAAAGGAUUCGGAGGUGCUCCAGGCUUUGGAGGUGGAGCUGGAGGUGCUCCAGGAUACGGUGGAGGUGCAGGAGGUGCUCCAGGAUUCGGUGGAGGAGCUGGAGGUGCUCCAGGAUUUGGAGGACAAGGAGGAUACGCCGGAGCAGGAGGUAAAGCAGGAGCAGGAUCUGAAAUACCAAUCCUUCGUUUGGAGAAUGUCAAUGAGGGUGACGGUACCUAUCACUACAGCUACGAAACCGGCAACGGAAUCAGCGCAGAAGAACAAGGAGACGCCAGAGGGGACGGAACUAAAGCCCAAGGAUCUUUUGGAUACACUUCUCCCGAAGGAGAGCAAAUUCAGCUCCAAUACACCGCCGACGAGAAUGGAUUCAACCCUCAGGGAGCUCAUUUACCCACCCCACCACCAAUCCCACCAGAAAUCCAGAGAGCAAUUGAACAGAACUUGGCUGAUGAAGCUAGAGGCAUCGUAGACGAUGGAUCGUACCAACCAGGACCAGAAGAGGGCGGUGCCGGUGCCGGAGGAUAUCAAAGAGGAGGUUCCGGAGGAGGGUACCCUAGCGGAGGCGCUGGAGCCGGAGGUUAUCCAAGCGGAGGUGGCAGACCUGGUGGUUUCCCCAGCGGUGGUCAAGGAGGAUACCCAGGAGGUAGAGGAACCGGAUUUGGAGGAGGUGCUUCAGGUGGAGGCGCUGGAGGAUACCCCAGCGGAGGACCUGGAGGUGCAUUCCCUGGGGGAAGCAAACCUGGAUUUGGUGGAGGCGCUCCAGGAGGUGGAUACCCUAGCGGAGGUCCAGGAGGUGCAUUCCCUGGAGGAAGCAAACCUGGAUUUGGUGGAGGCGCUCCAGGAGGUGGAUACAAACCUUCAGGAGGUGUGGGAGGACUUGGAUCAGGACAAUCUGCUGCAGGUGGUGGAUAUAGAUAUGCUAUUGUUAUAGCAGCUGUACUCGGCUUUGCUGCCUGUGCCCGUCUGGACAACCUGUAUCUUCCCCCUAACCACUCAGGAGGAGGAUCAUUUGGACCCUCCAAUGCACCUUUCGGAGGUUCAGCUUCUGGUCGUAGCGGAGUUAACCCUUUGAACAACGUACCCAUCUUGAAAUUCGCUGCCGAAAAUGAAGGCGAAGGUACUUACAGAUACAACUACGAAACUGGCAACAGCAUCAGCGCCGAAGAACAGGGUGACGCUCGCGGUGAUGGUACCAAAGCUCACGGUUCUUUCUCCUACACCAACCCAGACGGUGAACAUGUCUCCAUCACCUACACAGCUGACGAGAACGGAUUCGUUCCCCAAGGAUCCCAUAUCCCCACUCCACCCCCAAUCCCUGAAGCCAUCCUGAAAGCCCUCCAGGAAAACGCCGCAGCUGAAGCUAGAGGAAUCUUCGACGAUGGUCAGUACCGUGGUGAGGGACUCAACGAAGGACAGUACAAGGGCGAAGGAUUGGCUGAAGGUGGAUUCAGAAGAAGCGGAGGAUCAUCGUCCUUUGGAGCAGGAGCAGGGGCUGGUUUUGGUGCUUCAGGUGGAAGGUCCAGUGGAUACGCCGCCAAUGGUGGAUACGCUUCCAAUGGUGGAUAUAGAUACUAGAAUUGUGCCAAGAUU